UAGACUGGGCGGAUUGCGUGCGGGUUGCUCCGUCUAAAGUUUAAAAAUUCGGAAAAUAGUUCGUUUCCCACAGCAAAAGUGCUGAUUUUCUUCGACGGGAACUUCUCCUGCCUCGUUUGGUGGUAUUUUCCCGGUCAGUAGUGCGUUUUUCGCGACACAAACUCGUUUUUCCUAGAACCAAUUUUCUGACGUGUCUGCCCUCCAAACCACCUUGAUCAACAACGUCAAAUAAACAUUUCGCAUAUUAAAGGAGUGUUUGGUGUCUUUGGAGGUCUGUGAGGAAAUUGAACUAUUAGCUCAAAGCAUACAUAAAAUACUCCAGUUUCUCGCGUUGCAGUCGCAAUGAACUUAGAAAACGUAUGUCGAACCUGCUUACGGGUGCCCCAAAACCCGAAAAUGCUAUUUGAAGACAAAACCGAACUGGUGAAGAAGAUCGAAGCACUCUCUGCUGUAGUGAUUGAAGAGACUGAAGAGCUGCCGAAGCACAUCUGCGAAGAAUGCGUUCAAAAUAUAAACAACUACUACAAUUUCCGAAAGGUCAUCAUUAACACCGACUUGGAUCUGCGAACUAGACUAAACACUUUAAAGGCCACUAAGUACACGUUCAAACCGCGAAGUAAAAUGAAACAUUGCGAGAUCGUAACCGAUUUUUUCGAAGAUUCAGUGGAUAUUAAGCCAGAGGAAGACAUGGAAUUUGCAGAAGACGAUAUAAAAAUUGUAGACCAUGACUUGGAAAAGAGCAUAGAUGCAAAUGACUCAGAAUAUAUGCCAAAACAGGACUUAGACAUGUUAAAGGACUUGGCCACGAAAAGGAUCUUCAAAUGUCGACAAUGUAAGAAGAUAUUUGACUCGAAAUUUAAACUAUACAAUCAUCGAAGAACCGAACAUCAGACUCCAGGUGUUUGCAAUAUUUGCGGCGCUGUAGUUAGAGCGGACAAUUUGAGCAAACACAUCAAGCUUCACUCGGAAACUCCUGUAACAUGCAAAGAAUGUGGAAAAACAGUUAAGAACUCGGAAUCAUUAAGAUCGCACAAGUUAUUGCAUUCAGAGAACUCUUUCACUUGCGAGAUUUGCGGGCGAAAUUUUAAAUUAAAAGGCGAACACACACGACAUUUAAGGAGACACGGUGAUCCAGAUUUUCGGAAAGUGGCUUGCUCGCUGUGUGGCAAGAAAGUUCACGAAUUGAAGAAGCACAUGUUGACGCACACCGGCCAGAGACCGUACAGUUGUGAAAACUGCCAAAAAGGAUUCACCAGUCGAUAUGCGCUGAAAAUCCACAAGAGACAGCACACCAAUGAGCGGCCCUACAUUUGCAAUCAUUGUGGCAAUGGAUUUCCUCAGAAAGUAUCUCUGUUAACACACUUAAAGUCCAAGCAUUGCAUUGUAAUUUAAGCCUAAAUGGGAACUGAACUAGUUACUAAAAGCUUUGGUAAGCCGAAUCAGUUUCUAAUAAUAUUUUCAUCUAUUGGAGAGAAAAUUCUGUGCUGGUUUAGUAGUUUGAGUGAGGAGACAUUUAUGUUUUAAAAAUAUAUUUAAGAACGAUUUUGGAGUAUUUACAAUAGAAUAUAAUAACGGUCCUAUCACUAACAGCAAUAUGUUUGUUCGUUUUUAUAUGUUGUUAGGUAAUGUUUCCGAACUUCAGCAGAGAGUAGGCGUAAAUUUAUACAUUGCAAUAAAUGAACUUGAGAAA